ACGUCACCGGUGGUGAUGAACUGCGUGAUAAGUUGCCUUUUAUGAAGUUUCGCCAACUGUAUUUUUCUGUUUAGCCACUUAGUUGAACCUGUUUGUUUCAAACCUAAAGCGUCAAGCACGAUUCAAGUGACUCUUCUUGGUAUUCUUCUUGGCUCGUGUUGAAGAGGUCGUCAACAUUUAUUUACGAUGCGUCUACACAUUAUCUGUCUGAAGUUCGGCGCUUAGGACACACAAAUUUGGGCAAAGAAACGAGUGCCUCACCAUAACGAGAUGAAAACAGCUAGCGGGCGGUCCGUGAGAGUGACCCAAAGAAUGGGAGCCCAGUGACACGAGUGUGUUCGGUGGCAGAAUGUCCCGGACGUGGGCAUCGUAAGGACGAAGUUAAUGUAUGGUACAAUGGAUGAACUUAGCCAAGCCUUGGCAGGCAGCUUCUCCAUUUCUCAAGAGCUCAACAGCACAUCUGCUCCACACCCCCGUCUGUCUCAAUACAAAUCCAAAUACAGUGUACUGGAUCAAGAUGAACGCAGAAGAAAGUUCCUUGAGCUUCAGAAAUUGAAACGGUUAAAUUAUAUCAACCAUGCAAGGCAGCUGGCCGAUGGUAACUGGGAAGAGAAUGAGGAUGAAGAUCAUGAUGAAGAUAAGAAAGUGCAAGAUGAGUCCACAAAUGAUGUGGAAAUGAAGCAAGAGAAGAAACUGCCAAAACACUAUGGCAAUCAGCUGAUGCUGUCAGAAUGGCUCGUAGAUGUGCCCCAUGACUUGGCUUCGGAGUGGAUGAUGGUAGUCUGUCCUGUUGGAAAAAGGUGUCUUAUUGUAGCAUCUAAGGGGUCCACAGCAGCCUAUGCAAAAAACGGUUACUGUGUGAACAGAUUCCCUUCUGCAUUGCCAGGUGGCAGCCAUCACAAUUCAAAUAUGGGAAAAGAUUACACAAUUCUUGAUUGUAUCUUCAGUGAUGUGGACAGAACAUACUACAUUUUAGACCUCAUGUGCUGGAGAGGGCAUCCAGUUUAUGACUGCCCGACUGAUUUUAGGUUCUAUUGGCUCCAGUCAAAGGUUGAAGAAGAAGAAGGAAAACUUGAAGAAAUAACUAAGAGUAAUCCGUUUCACUUUGUCAGACUUCAGAAUGUAUUGUGCACAUCAGAGGCCAUAUUCCAGGCCUUGGCUGAGAAGUACACUUUUCAGGUAGAUGGCGUCUUGUUCUACAACAAACAGACCCACUACACCCCAGGCAGUACGCCACUUGUCGGCUGGUUGAAGCCCUACAUGGUGGGAGAUAUCCUCAGCAUGGAGAUUCCAGCAGGCCCACUGACUGAAAAGCCUGCUUAUGCUGACCACCAGUUACAGCGUAUUCUGACACACAAAAAAGGCUCGCAGACAUGUCAUGUGACUAAGGAUGGCGGCUAUGAACUGGAGCACCUGUCCACCCCAGAGGUGACAAGCAGCACAGCGGAAAUGGAGACUUGACUGGUAGUUCUACCUGAUUUGUUACUAGGUGCUUUUUCUUUGCUGCUCUGAAUUUAUUGUAUUUUUAUUUGAACUGUUAACAUUAAAGUGUAUGCUUUAUACAGUA